CUUCUUUUCCCCCUCCCUGGGCGAAGUGCUCGAGCGCGUUUGCCGUCGCCACGCGGGUGUCCUCGCUCUCGAGGAGGAAUGAAAGUUUAACGCGAAUCCGAGGCGCCGCUAGCGAGAGCAUGGCAGGAGCGCGUGAAGGAGCGCGUGAAGGAGCGCAGGAGGGAGAGGCUGUGCACCCCAGGAGCAGGCACCACGGCGCCACGGACAGCUCCAGGAACGGCUACGCGAAGGGCUGCGUCACCCCGUUAAAGCAAGACCACCACAAAGGCGUUUUGCUGAACGCCUGCAGGCUUGGCAGUGCGGAUAUUCGCAGCUCCAGGCUGUUCCGAGCUUCUGCCAUCUAUGCGGGCGCAUUCGCAGUUCUUGCGCUCUCUGUUUCAAUCUCUAACAUCUCUCAGAGUGAUCGCAUCAUUUCUGAGCUGCGGACUUUUCUGACUCAUUUCUCGCAGUCCGUCAGUCCUUUAUUCAGCAUAGGCUGCGCGUACUUCUUCUUAACCUUUUACCUACGAAGGAAAAAGAGGGAACGUAGUGGAUGUUGGCUCGUGUCCCUUCCUGUGUCUUGCUUCUUGGGAGAUUUCAUGGUUUUGCGGGUCUUGCAAUGGGGAGACGACCAACACCAGAUGCAAAUGGUGGGCAGAUUGCUCUUCGUUUUGGGCUGUAUUGGUCUGCUGACUCUGGUUCCCACUUUGAAACUCAAACACAGUGUGCUGAUCCUGGUGUUUGCCAGCCUGGUGUGGCUCGUUGCCUUCACCAGCUUGAGCUGCCUGUCCCCAGGUCUCAGGUCUGCGCUGGCGUGCAUGGCCGGUGUCUCGGGCUCUUUCUUGGGUCUGUGUUUUGACCAUUAUUACCCACCAAGGGAUACGGCGAACAGGAUAUCAAACUCGGAGGAAAAAGUGCCUGUGAUCAGACCUCGGAGACGGUCCAGCUGCGUGUCUCUGGGAGAGACGUCAAGCAGCUACUAUGGCAGUUGUAAGAUGCCCCGGAGACCGUCUUUACCAUGCAUCUCCAGAGAACAGAUGAUCCUGUGGGACUGGGACUUAAAACAGUGGUCUAAGACCCAGUAUCAGGGCUCCGGGGGUGGGAAUGUUAUGGACGUCUCGGUGGUUAAUGAGGCACGGGGUCUGGUGUCAGACCUGCUGACUGACGCGUCUCUCUCGCCGCACGUUCUGUCCACGCUGCGUAGUGUCUGCAGUCUCAUGGGCACCCUGGUGGGCACGUACCGGCCCAGAGGCAGCCCCUUCACUCCCUUUCCUGGCUUCUACCCCUGCGCCGAGAUGGAGGACUCCUCUGAGAGAGGCGACAGGAAGCCCCUGAAGGGCCUCAGCAGCAGGAACAGUCUGCCCACUCCUCAGCUCAGACGGAGUUCUGCUUCCUCUACCUUACCCCCUCUGGAGGCCAUGUCAUCUCCUCGUUGGGAGCGUGGCAAUGGAAAGAAGCCUCACCCUGAGCAUGGCAGCAGCAGCUGUCAGGGGUCUUUCUCCAAUGGUCCCAACAGCAACCUUCUGACCAUCCCCAAGCAGAGGUCCUCUUCUGUCACCUUGUCCUAUGGCCACACCAUCUCCAGAAGACCAGGUGCGUCUCCAAGCCUGAGUCCCCUCAGCUCACCGGGUCACAGCCCGCCUGUGGGAGCCUGCUCAGUGCUGGUCAGCCGCUCGCCCGUGGAGUUCCCCGACACGGCCGACUUCCUCACCAAGCCCAGCGUGGGACUGCACAAGCCAUUGGGUUACGCGCUCAAUUCACCCGACUUCCAGCAGUACCGAGGGCUGGGCACGCCGCCGCUGUGCUCCAGUUGUGGACGGCAGAUGCCUAAGGGCGGGGCCAGCGUGGACGCGUCUGAGAGCCACCCGCCUUCAGCAGACGAUGGACAGAGCAGACGCUCAGCUGAGGCCAUCGACUACAGCGGGGAUAGCCUGAUCAGGGAGGAGAGCGGCGAGACGGAGGCUCAGGGAGCCGGCACAAAGCCCAGAGCACGAAGCCGGCCUGAGGAAGAGGAGGCACGGGGAUCUGGCGUGGAGCAGACCUCAUCGGAGCUGGAGGGCGAGCAGGAGUUCAAACUGGACUUUGAGCUGGAGAAUAACGAGGCCCUGAUGGAGAAGCUCAACUGCUGGAACUUCCAGAUCUUUGACCUGAUGGAGAAGACGGGAGGGAAGACUGGAUGCAUCCUCAGCCACGUGGCGUACACUUUGUUCCAGGACACGGGUCUGUUUGAAAUCUUCAAAAUCCCCAUCCGGGAAUUCAUGACGUACUUCUGUGCACUGGAGAAUGGCUAUCGUGAUAUCCCCUACCACAAUCGCGUCCAUGCCACAGAUGUCCUGCAUGCGGUGUGGUACCUGACCACGAGGCCAAUCCCAGGCUUUCAGCAGAUCCACAACGACCAUGUGACAGGAAGCGACACAGAUUCAGACAGCGGCAUUUCUCCGGGCAGGGUGUCUUACGCUUCCUCCAAAAGUUCUUCGAUCUCAGACAACAGUUAUGGCUGCUUGGCCUGGAACGUCCCUGCCCUGGAGCUCAUGGCACUGUAUGUAGCAGCUGCGAUGCAUGACUAUGAUCACCCGGGGCGCACAAAUGCCUUUCUCGUAGCCACUAAUGCCCCUCAGGCGGUGCUAUACAACGAUCGUUCAGUUCUGGAGAAUCAUCACGCAGCAGCAGCGUGGAGCCUUUUCCUGUCACAGCCAGAGUUCAACUUCCUGUCCAACUUGGACCACGUGGAGUUUAAGCGCUUUCGCUUUCUUGUUAUUGAGACCAUCCUAGCAACAGACCUAAAGAAGCACUUUGAUUUCCUAGCGGAGUUCAAUUCCAAGGUUAAUGAUGUGAAUAGCCCAGGUAUUGACUGGACAAGUGAGAACGACAGACUGUUGGUGUGCCAAGUGUGUAUCAAGUUGGCAGAUAUCAAUGGGCCAGCCAAGGAGCGAAGCCUUCACUUGAAAUGGACAGAGGGUAUCGUCAAUGAGUUUUACGAACAGGGUGACGAAGAGGCAGGUCUAGGAUUACCCAUCAGCCCCUUCAUGGACCGUUCUGCGCCACAGUUGGCGCGGCUACAGGAGUCUUUCAUCACACACAUCGUUGGGCCUCUGUGCAACUCAUAUGACGCGGCUGGGCUUCUCCCAGGUUGCUGGGUGGACGCUGAUGGCUCAGAGGAGGAGGAAGAGGAGGAGGCUGAAGACACUGAAACUGACGAUGAAGAGCUUGAUGAUCUUCAUAUGAAGGCGAGGAAAGGUGGCCGUCGUCUGCUCUGCGGUAUUAUGCAGCACCUGACGGAGAACCACAAGGUGUGGAAGUCCAUCAUCGAGGAGGAGGAGAAGAACAAAGACCUGAGCCAGCAGCAACAGGCCGAGAGCCAGAGUCUUCCUCCAUCCUCCUCAUCCUCGGAUGACAUCCAGGUCAUUCAGGAGGAGGCUGAAGAGGAGGAGCGCCAGUAGCAGCAGGAGCGAGGCAAUUGGCCAAGAUGUGAAGCUUGGGGAGGGGCCUAAGCAGAGGGCGGGCCACCCCUCCCCCCUACCCCACCCACCCGCCAAAAUGGACACACACACACACACACACAUAUCCCAAAUCGAUGCCCACAGGGAGAUCCCACUAGAUGUCCCGUGUUGAAAUGAGUCACUGUGCUGACACUCUGACGCUGUGUUGCGAAAUCGAAAAGGCCUUACUACUGUGAGAGCUCCAUGCUGCAGUACCGGGAGUCACUCUGCUCUGAAACUCUUUCACCCUAGAGAGGAUCCGUGGCGGAGCGGCAGCUCCCUGGACACGCUGCUGCGCCGCGAGGUAAAAACAAAUACGAAGAGAGCAAGAAAUAAAGGCGAGUGGGGUUAAAAACCUGCAUGGUUACAGUUGCUAGGCUGCGAUGCGGCCUUGAACACAGAGCUCUAAACCCUCCUAUAGGUACUUAUAAGAAUGAUUUAAAAAGGAAAAAGUCAGUAGAUAAAAAAAAUACUGAAUGGAAAAGCAGAAGACUUUGAAGUAAUUGUCACUUGUUACCAAAGCGAACAGUUCAAAACCACAAGGUGGAGAAUUUCGAGGGGUCAGGAAUACUUUAGAAGCGUACAUCAAACGUGCCUGUCUGAACCUUUUUGUGAAUUUGUUAGUUAGUUUGAUCCUCUGUCUGCUCUUGUGGCCCGGGCGACAGCCUACACACACACGCUGCACUGCGAGUGUGUUUUCCUCCUAAUGCUGGCGACACCAAACACUGUAUCACUGAACUCAGCCACUAGGACUUUACAUGGAGGAUGCUGAUGUUUUGACUGAAGAAAAAACAAACAAACAAUUUCUCCUGCAUCGUUUUUAGAUGCUUUUUUAUUCAUGUGUACCACCUUUUGUUUUACUUUGUCACAUUUUUUGUUUGCGUGUGUGUUCCUGCCUUUGUACCUCCUCAGAAAAUGCUGUUUCCAGCUGGCGUCUUUCUCCUGCGUUCUCGCUCUGAAGCGCAUCGUGUGUGGAACAUCAUCACUCUUCUCAUGAAGGGUUGUCCUUUUUUUGUUGUUUUGUUUUUUUGGUUUGUUUGAAUAUAUAUUUUGUCCUCAUGGUAACUCAGGAUUCAUGUAGGUGAAUUGUUCUGUUGAAACAGUUUAAAACAGGAUUUUGUUUCCCCGAGGUUUGGAUUUUUUUUUUUUUGUAUGAGGAAGUUGAACUGCAGUCAGAAGAGAAUCCACUCCAUAGGAGCUCUGCCCCAAUUCAACCUCCACUCACCCCUCCAGUUACCCAAGGCCCUUUGUGUUACCUCUGAUGAGGAACAGAUUCCAGGAACGUAUUUGGCCGUGACGAGUUUGUUCGACUCAUCACGGUGACACGUAUGUGAAGGCGAGGUGUUCCUGGGUUGCGUUACUUUUGGCAUUAUUUGAAUGUGCGUGCGCUUCUUUGGUCCUCUCCUUUUAAUCACACUUCAGACACAUUUUUACUAACUCUAACCGUUGCCAAACACACAAGCAGGCCAGUGCAUUUGACGUGAUCCAGGGUUUCACACGUUUUGAUAUUUUCUUAUUCUUCACCAUAAAGCAGGUUAAUACUAAUAGUUCUAUAUAUUUUUGUCUGACACUCUAGGCAUUCCACUAGACGGCGGGCCACUGGAGGGUGUCUCCGCUUAGCUGGAGAGGAAACGUUCUCAAGUAGGCAGUGUAAAUCAAGCUGGUGUAUUUAAAGAUAAAGAUAUAUAAAUGUGCACAUUUUACUACCAAACAAGUGUUUAUUCUCUGCACAGAAAGAGUAUCUGCAUAUAUAAAUAUAUAUUUUUUAAUUAAUCAACCGAUUGCGUCUGUUUUCUACAUACGGUCAACAUGUAUUGUACAUUGACAACCUGUAAUUAUCAUCUUACCAGAGUUUUUAAUCUAAUACUAUUUACUGAUGUGGAUGUGUUUGGGUGUGAAUGAUUUGGGGUGCACUGUCUAUGGGUUGCUCUGCGUAACCACUCUUUGCUGAGAACGCUUUCUCGCUGUGAGCCAGCUCGCCGUGACUGUGCCGAACGGCCCCUCCCUCCUGGGGUUUUGUUUGUCGUGCGCGUUCGCCUGCGUCCAGUACGGGUUCUUGGUUCAGGAGUGACCAGGGUGUUCGCACACGGUCACGCUACAUGUGCUACUCUCCUUCAUCAUCGUUGUCUUCUGUUCCCCGUCCUCCCUCCAGGCGCGCUACUCCUGAGCUGCAGCCGCUGGGUCCAGCAUGGGCCCUUUUGCCUGACACUUCUCCUCUCCUCACACAUGCCACGUUAGUUCAUGGGAACGUGGAGUGGCUUUGCUCUUCCUGGCUGCUCACCUGUCUGAACUGUUGGCUGUUUGUUGGCUUGUCGCUGUGCAGGGUUCUGUACACUGCUGUAGCCCUGUGCUCUGCCUUCACCUUUAUGAAGAGCUGUCACUUUUUCCUGUAGCAUUUAGAGAGCAAAGUCUGAUGUAAACGUUUCAGCUUUUUCAGUUGUGAUGGGGGAAUCUGACUUUUUCAUUGUUAUUUAUAGCUGUCAUAAAAACACCAUCCUUGGAAAAUUA